GCGUGUGUACGCAAGAGAUGUUACCAGACACACGACUCACCUUGAACGGCACUCGAUAUAUAGAUCACCGCGCGGGCUAGGAAGUGACUUAGUUUCGGACCCGUAGUUCAGCAACGAUGUCGUCGACCAAGUGCGCGAUCGCGGCAGGUCUGCUGCUAGUCAUCGCCGUCGGGAUGACCCUGGCGGCACCCCAGAAGCCAUCGGAGCAGCAGCAGCUUCCGGUGAAGGACGGGCAGUUCAACGCGGUGAAGAGUGAUCCUCAGGGAUCGACGGCGAGGAACAACGAGCGGAAAUUGAGGAAGAACGACGAUGGCGAGGAAACGCUGGAGGAAUUCCAGGCCAAGUCGGCGCACUACUCGUACGACUCGUCGAUCGACGACUCGAUCAUGGACCAGAAGAUCACCCGACAGGAAACUCGCGAGGGGUUAGCGUUGAAGGGCAUGUACGCGUACAGUGAUGGGUUCUACAAGCGGGAGGUGCACUACGUGGCGGACGAGAAGGGCUAUCGGGUGGUGAAGGAGAUCUCGAUCCCGAUCGGUGACGGACCCCAGGUUGACCCCAACGGUAAGGCGGACGUGUCGUCUUCGUUGUCCGGCAAGUACUCGAUCACCGCUGAUGACAUCGCGAGGCCGAUCAAGAAGAACGCAAAGAAGGUUGUUUAGUUGGAGUUAUUUAUUGUUCAGAUGAAUAAAGCGAAUGUUUUAAGAUCGUA